AAGGAAAAGUCAAGACUCUCAAACUAUGGCCAGCGAAUCAAGAACCAGAUGGGUUCUCCCUUACAAGACCAAGAACUUGGAAGACGAUUACCUUCUUGGUCGUGUGCUCGGAAAAGGACAGUUUGGAACCACUUUCCUCUGCACCCAUAACGAGACGGGUCAAAAGCUUGCCUGCAAAUCCAUACCUAAAACGAAGCUCCUUUGUCAGGAAGACUGCGACAACGUUUUGAGGGAGAUCCAGAUAAUGCAUCACUUGUCUGAAUACCCCAACGUUGUCCGGAUACACAGCACGUACGAGGAUGAUACCAGCGUGCACCUUGUGAUGGAGCUCUGCGAAGGUGGUGAGUUGUUUGAUAGAAUCGCGGAGAAAGGUCAUUACAGCGAGAGAGAAGCUGCAAAGGUUAUCAAGACGAUUGUUUCUGUCGUUGAGGCUUGUCACUCUCUUGGUGUUAUGCAUAGGGAUCUUAAGCCUGAGAACUUCUUGUUCACUUGUUGUGAUGAAGACUCUCCUCUUAAAUCUACUGACUUUGGGGUCUCUGUUUUCUGCGAGCCAGGCACAACGUUUUCAGAACUUGUUGGAAGUGCAUACUAUGUGGCGCCGGAGGUUUUACUUAAGCAUUACGGCCGUGAAUGUGACGUAUGGAGCGCUGGAGUUAUACUCUACGUUCUAUUAAGUGGUUUUGCUCCUUUCGAUGCUGGAACUGAACGUGGGAUCUUUAGAGAGAUUUUAAAGGGAAACCUGGACUUUGGGACCGAUCCUUGGCCUAGCAUCUCAGAGAGUGCCAAGGAUCUUGUAGGGAAAAUGCUUGAGAGCGAUCCAAAGAAAAGGUUAACUGCUCAUCAAGUCUUGUGUCACCCUUGGAUUGUGGAUGAUACGGUUGCUCCAGAUAAACCACUGGACUUCGCAGUAGUGUCCCGUCUGAAAAGGUUCUCUGCGAUGAACAAACUUAAGAAGAUGGCUUUACGCGUAGUUGCAGAGAGACUGUCUGAGGAAGAAAUCGGUGGGCUCAAAGCACUGUUCAAGAUGAUAGACACAGACAACAGUGGUGAAAGAACAGAUUUGUGGCUAGUCUAUGUAUUCUUAUGCAAAUAUGUUAGAGAGCAACUCAGUCAACAUAACUCUUCAAGUGGGACCAUCACGUUUGAAGAGUUGAAAGAUAGUAUCAGACGUGUUGGGUCAGAGCUUGUGGAAUCAGAGAUCCAAGAACUCUUGCAAGCAGCUGAUGUUGAUGAGAGUGGAACAAUUGACUAUGGAGAGUUCUUGGCUGCAACAAUCCACUUGAACAAGCUGGAGAGAGAGGAGAAUCUAAUGGCUGCAUUCUCUUUCUUUGACAAAGAUUCAAGCGGUUGCAUCACUAUUGAUGAACUCAGACAGGCUUGGAACCAGUUUGGUAUAAAAGAUUCACAUCUUGAUGAAAUGAUCAAAGACAUUGAUCAAGACAAUGAUGGACAAAUAAACUAUGGGGAAUUUGUGACAAUGAUGAGAAAAGGCAAUAAUGGGAUCAGCAGGAGAGCAAUGAGAAACACAUUCAACUUUGAGAAUUUAAGUGAAUGUCUAAACUCUUCAUUUUAGUGAAAGUUUCUUGAUAGAACUUUCUGUUUCUAUUUUAAAACCAGUUAUGUUUUCAAUAAAACCAAUUCUGACCAGUGUAAUUGGAGACGAUCUCUUAACAGUUAUCAAACAUUGAUCUUGCCAGUU